AUGGGAGGCGAAGGGUCGAGCGGAGGGGCGAGCGGAGGGGCAAGCGGAGGGGCGAGCGGAGGGGCAAGCGGAGGGGUGAAUGGAGGGGAAAGCGUAGGGGGAAGCGGAGAGGGGAGCAGUGGGGGGAGUGACAUGAAGAGCGGAGGGGAGAGUGACAUGGGGAGUGGAAGGGGGAGUGACACGGGGAGCGGAGGGGGGAUUGACAUGGGAAAUGGACUGAAGAGUGACCCGGGAAGUGGAUGGGGGGGUGACACAGAAAGUGGAGGAAAGAGUGACACGGGAGCCAGAGGGGGAAGUGACACAGAAAGUGGAGGAAAGAGUGACACGGGAGCCAGAGGGGGAAGUGACACGGGAAGCGGAGGGGGAAGUGACACGGGAAGCGGAGGGGGAAGUGACACGGGAAGUGGACUGAAGAGUGACCCGGGAAGCGGAUGGGGGAGUGACACGGGAAGCACAGGGGGGAGUGACACGGGAAGCGGAGGGAAGAGUGAUACAGGAAGUGGACUGGGGAGUGACUGGGUGGGUGGAAGGGGAAGUGGGACGGAGGUGGAGGGCAAGCGAGUGGAGGGCAAGCGAGUGGAGGGCAAGCGAGUGGAGGGCAAGCGAGUGGAGGGCAAGCGAGCGGAGGGCAAGCGAGCGGAGGGCAAGCGAGUGGAGGGCAAGCGAGCGGAGGGCAAGCGAGCGGAGGGCAAGCGAGUGGAGGGCAAGCGAGCGGAGGGCAAGCGAGUGGAGGGCAAGCGAGUGGAGGGCAAGCGAGCGGAGGGCAAGCGAGCGGAGGGCAAGCGAGUGGAGGGCAAGCGAGUGGAGGGCAAGCGAGUGGAGGGCAAGCGAGCGGAGGGCAAGCGAGCGGAGGGCAAGCGAGUGGAGGGGGGGGAAGUAAGAAUGAAGGCGGUGCACCGGGCUCCGGAGGCGGAGAGUCAGUUGGAGCUUCAGGUGGAGGGUCAGGUGGAGCAUCAGGCGGAGCAGGUGGAGCAUCAGGUGGAGCGUUAG